AAAGCUUCUCACCCUGCCUUUUAUUACAGCCCCUCUUUUACUGCCUCUUACUCCACGCUUCACGCACACGCACACGCACACGCACACGCACAUAGAGAGAGAGAGAGAGAUGAAGGGCUCCUCCAAGAUCAUAAUGGGAGCAACACUGGCAAUGGUGGUGAGCCUUGCCAUUGUUUUGGCCCUAGUUCUGGUGCUGCUAGCUGAGCUUUACUGCAGUCUUUUACUUCGCCGGCGUCAACUAAGAUCCACCUCCAACACCACCACCACCACCUCUGCCACCACUACCACCACAUCCACCACCAAUACUUCCCUGUCGCAGUCACCACAACCCCAGAAUCAACCGCCUUCUCUUCCUCUAUCAAGCUACUAUGCUCAGGGGGUCCUUCGGGCUCCAAAAAGUUUCUUAUUCCCUGCAGUUUCACCCAACAAAGAAAACAAGUCGGCAGAAACAAGAAAAGAACACUCUCAACUUCAUCGUGUCCUCGAAGUCCAUACCCAAGUAUUAAACCCAGGUCUCAGCCCCCAGCAAAUUGGUCUCAUAAACAUUUCACCUCCAUCAACUGCCUUCGUAUCUUCACCCCAUCAAGUUGAAGAAAACCCUGUUCAAAUUAGGAGUAGCAAUGCCUGUAACGACAGGGAAUGUGCUGGUUGUGGAGAACAUCUUGUUUACAUAUCUAAUCCCAUUUACGACAAUGAUGCAAGCAGACCAAGCACGGUGGAUACCCCAUAUGAAACUCCUGAUUCUUCACCAUCACGUUUGGAAACAUGCGGUUCUAGUUCAGGUGAAGAAGAAAUAGCCUUACCAUCCCCAUCUGCUCCACAUUCAGUCCCCGGGACCCCUCCAUUGACUCCAAUGAAGAAGCUCCCAGCUAAGGCUUGUUCAGUUUCAUUGAGAGAUGCAAGGUCUCUGGGCACUUCAGGGAGCGAUUCUGUUAGUAACAAUGGCCUCUCAUCAUCAUCCUCAGGCUCUCCAUGCACAUCUCCUUCAUGGUGAUUAGCAUUUAAUUUUAUGUUAACCUUUACGAGGUGCAUGCCUGUAUUGUGAAUACGGUGAAAGCUAGAGUGAAGAAGUCCCUACCACCUUUUUUGUUUUUUUGUUUUUUUGCAGACAUGGCCAUUGCUCGGUCACCCGAGCCUACGCUUAUGCUAAAUAGAAAAAUCUCUUAGGGCAAGGGGGAGUACCUCUCUCUCUCUCUCUCUCUCUCUCUCUCUCUCUAUCUCUAUCUUCACUCUGCAGAAAUGCCUCUCUGGUUUCAUCUGCUUGUAAUUGUACGGGGUGUUUUUGGACUUCCAACUGGGUUCUGGUGGAAGACUGAACCAACCACCCAAGCAUUAAUUUUGAUUUUUGUUUGUUUUUAUUGUAGACGCAUGUGAAGAAGUCAGGAGUGGAAUAGAAAAAUAAUAAAAAAAAGAUAUCUGUUUUUGAGGGA